AUGGCGACCAAAUCCGGUAUAUCAAUGUUAAAAAAUGAACGAAAACGAUCUAGUCAGACAGUAAAUGCACCUCCGACAAGUGAACCAUGCUCAGUAUGUCUAAACGAGUUUAAAAAUCAAGAAGUUGGAAUGCCAGAAGGAUGUCAACAUAUAUUCUGUUUCAUUUGUCUUUUCACGUGGACUAAAGAAAACCAAACAUGUCCACUUGAUCGUCAACCAUUGGAGUACAUUCUAAAGAAGAAGUCACAUUCCUGUUUACAACCAUAUGCCCGAGUCAGUGCAAAGGAUGGAAAAUUAGCAGCCUUGAUAGAUGUAAAAACGAACACCUGCGAAGCAUGCGGCGAUGGCGAAGGCGAAUAUGUACUAUUAGGUUGUAGUCAAUGCAAUACUAGUUAUCAUCCGUUUUGUUUGAAUUCAUCGAAUACAGAAGCAUGGACGUGUCCAUCAUGUGGACAUACUCAUGGAAAAAAACUCUCUAUUACUAGUGGUGCCCAAGAACGAGCUAUUCAUGCUCUCAGAGCACAUCGUGCCGCGCAAAAUAAAAUGUCUCCACGAUCUGCUGUUCCGCCAAGUCAAGCCCGAUUCAUGUCAGCGUUGAAACAACAUCGACGACGGCUGAGUUAUCUUCCAGUAAACGUGCCUGUUGCUCAGCUACCACGAAUCAAACGGCGAAUCGAUGCUCCAUCGCGGCCAAAGAUAGUGAUUCCAAAAGCCAAACUUUCAGCGAAUACUUCUUUCAUUGACCAAUUACUUAAUGCUCAAAAGGAUGAUUUACACGAAGAGGAGAAGCCUUUGUUCUUAACGUUAACUUUACAAAUGAACAAGCAGUAUUUACGACAAACGGACGAUCAUCAAUCAUGUCAUACCAUGCUUCGGAAUGGUCCGACUCAUUCUGCGACUCCUGUGACAUUACCUAAUUCUAGUAAGGUUCAAUCAACCGCUUGUCAAACAUCUGAUGGCCUAUCAACUAUGUUGAACUUAUGUGAAGACGAAAUCCAAACUCUGCGCAAAAUUUCCACUGCAAUCGAUCAAAUCAUUCGCACUGAGUCAACUUCUUCCAUGAACAAAAUGAACAAUUCAAGGUUACCGUCAACUGAACGAAUGAAAAGAAAUCAUCACUCUAGUAGUCCUAUGCCAAAACGUUUUCAGAAACAAGAACGUUAUCAACGUCAGAGACAGAUUAUUGAUGUUGCUAAACAAGAAUUGAAACCCAUGUACAAGCAACGUCUUAUAACGAAGACAGAUUAUAAAAAAAUAAUGAAAAAAGUGGUUGAUAAAGCAACUUACGCGGAAAAAAUCGAUCACAAAUGGAUCAAGAGAAUGAUUGACGCAUAUGUGAAUAUUUAUCGAAAAGAUUAG